CAAGAGAUGUCGGAAAUGGAGGAAUCCCUGGAAGGUUUGAGGAAAGAACUGGAGGCAGUAGAGAAGGAAGAAAACAAGCUGCGAGCUCAAGAAGUGGAUAUCAAACAUGAAGUAGAAAAAUAUGAGACUGUAUUGAAGGAAAAUCAACAGAAGGUCAAGCACUGGCAGAAAGAGGUAUACAAUGCAGCCUGUGAGCAAGCUCUUCAUUUUGGGGGAGUUGCGAGUAGUCACGCGAGAGCGAGGAAAAAACCUCCACCCCUCGUGGCUUCGCCGCUCGCCGCGCUCGCCAAAAAUGGAGACCCUGCUCGCGGACUUUACAAUGAAGGAUCAAAUUCUUGUUUUUUGUAAACAACGAAACACGUUGGCAAGAGAAGUUUGGUUAUGGAAGCUACUAACCAUCAAAGAUGAAAACAACGGUGCUGCAAUUUAUGUUUAUGUUUUAUUAUUAUUAUUAUUGAUCAUCACAUUUACAAUACUACAAAAAAAAAUUCAACUAAACUGUUCAGCGAGGUAAAUUGAAUAAUCUAAAGUCAACUUAAAAUUUACUGUUUUGUCUUAACGUAAUCAAUGAAUGAAAUUUUAAAUCUAAGUACAUUUUCUCGACUAGUUAAAAAGAAAACCUGUUGCUCAGUAACUUCAAACUGAUAGAAUUGCUAUUGACCCUCAAGUCAAAAAAGCCAAGCAAAAGAUACAGGGGAAUUUCUCGAACACUGGGUUUUUUCGAAAUUGCCGAUUAUAGGCCAUUUUCACGAUUUCAACAUUUGACUACAACUACCAGAAUUCAUUUCGUUUUGCUUUCUUAUUCAAAUUUGUCAAUCUCGCUCGGGCUUAAAAAACAAUAGGCCUAAUUUGCACAAGAAAACACAAACUGAAGGAUUCUGGUAGUUGUAGUAAAAUGACGACAUCGUGCAAUUGUCCUAUGCGAACCAAACCCAUCUUCUCUUUGCCAGUCAAACACUGUAAUUUUACCCCCGAUUUCUCAAACCUCCUGAUAAAUUCCAACCAAUUUGCUGUUCCCUAGGUGUUUCGUGUUUUCGGGAUUCCACUGUACAAGACAAAAAAUAUAUUUGGGAAUUUGCCGGUCGUGUUGACCAGUGACCUAUUGCCCGACCAAACAAGUCUUAGGUCGAACUCGUCUCUCUUCUGACCUGUGAGAAUGUUAAAAAUAGCACGAUUAUACCUUGAACUUACAAGCCUAGUAACAAGCAAAAAAAAUAGGAUGAAAAAAGAUGACUGUGUGAAAGUGCAUUUUUUCUGGUCGCUUUUUUACGUGUCCUGUUAAAAUGCCCGGUAAAGCGAAAGUGUUUCCAGACAAAUGGGCAUCUCUGUCGGACAGUGUCUGUUGACCGGCCUUUAUUCUGUAUAACAAUGAAAUGUUUACCACCCAGCCCACCACCGUAGGACUAUCAAACUGUCUACCCUCAUAGCUGCAUAUAGUUNAUCUCGCUCGGGCUUAAAAAACAAUAGGCCUAAUUUGCACAAGAAAACACAAACUGAAGGAUUCUGGUAGUUGUAGUAAAAUGACGACAUCGUGCAAUUGUCCUAUGCGAACCAAACCCAUCUUCUCUUUGCCAGUCAAACACUGUAAUUUUACCCCCGAUUUCUCAAACCUCCUGAUAAAUUCCAACCAAUUUGCUGUUCCCUAGGUGUUUCGUGUUUUCGGGAUUCCACUGUACAAGACAAAAAAUAUAUUUGGGAAUUUGCCGGUCGUGUUGACCAGUGACCUAUUGCCCGACCAAACAAGUCUUAGGUCGAACUCGUCUCUCUUCUGACCUGUGAGAAUGUUAAAAAUAGCACGAUUAUACCUUGAACUUACAAGCCUAGUAACAAGCAAAAAAAAUAGGAUGAAAAAAGAUGACUGUGUGAAAGUGCAUUUUUUCUGGUCGCUUUUUUACGUGUCCUGUUAAAAUGCCCGGUAAAGCGAAAGUGUUUCCAGACAAAUGGGCAUCUCUGUCGGACAGUGUCUGUUGACCGGCCUUUAUUCUGUAUAACAAUGAAAUGUUUACCACCCAGCCCACCACCGUAGGACUAUCAAACUGUCUACCCUCAUAGCUGCAUAUAGUUGAUUAAUUGUUAUCGAUGUAUUUGUGUCCUUAGCUGAGUAAGCUGUCGCUGCAGCCUGUAAGUGCCUCUGCUGAUGCUGAACCAGAAGAGAGUCUUCCAACUCUGACGCGGGAGGAACUGGAAGGGGUUGAUAAAGAAACUGUCAUGGUAAGCAGCAGGAUUUUUAGUUUGAAAGUUACUGCAUACAACAAUGACCAUAUAAUAGCAUGGUUCGUACAAUCUUGUAAAGGUCUUGAGUUUUAGUAGUUGUCUUGAAAAGUCCUUGAAUUCGGUAAAGGUCCUUGAAAGGUACUUGAUUUCUUUAUUAGGUGUUGAAAAAUCCUUGAAAUUCACUACCUUGUCUAAAAACAUGCAUGUGCAUGAGCAAUAUCUUACUUCUGUUUUUUAUUUUAUUUUAAAUGCUAUUUCUGUACCUCAGAUACAAUUGCAAGUCAUACCCAGUCAUUUGUACCAAAAAAUGUGUUGCGCGUGCAGAGUUAAAAUUUUGCUCAUUAAACCUAUUGCUUUUUUGCUUUUCGUUUUUAUACUUCUAAAUUAUUAUUAUAAGGGGAAUUAGUAAUUUUCAAUCAAAAAGCCUGCCGUUAAUUUUUGAAUUAAGGAAACCUGUUAAACUGAAGACGCAUCCUUCUCAUUCGUCUUCUGGCCCGGAUUCUAGAGGCCUGUCUGUAAUUUUGUUGAUGCAUUUUUUUCAGUAUGAAAUUACUGUUUUGGAGGAAAAAUUACAGCAGAUGAAACCAAACAUGGCAGCUAUUGCUGAAUAUCGUAAAAAGGUAAUGUAUAGCAAACGUCUCCUCCUCAUUUUCGCCAUGUCAAGAGCGUGGGGUGUGAACCUUCAAAUGUAAAAUCAUGUGAAAUAAUAUCUUUAAUAAACCUUGCUGCUAGGUUGAUUAUUCACUAUAAUCAGUACAUGGCAUUAUAUCACUCUUACUGACUUUGUAAACUAAGAUUUUUGGUUUCCUUCCCUCCCACCGCCACGCUUUGUUUGUGGUCACAUGAUGCGGAAGUUUGUGUAACCUUUUCUAUGAUAUGUACUCCGUAGGAAGAAGCUUACCUGGCUCGAGUCAAGGAGCUUGAUGACGUCACCAACGAUCGUGAUCAAAAAAGAAAAGAGCAUGAAGCCAUGCGCAAACAGCGCCUUGAUGAAUUUAUGACAGGGUUUUCCGUGAUCACGACUAAACUCAAGGAAAUGUACCAGGUGCUUAAUUACUUCCCUAGCCAUGAGUAAUAAUAAUAAUAACAAUAAUAUACACUUACCGUAUGUAGCGCCUUUCUCUUAGUGAUCCAAAGCGCUUUACAAUCAGUAGAUAUUUAGAAAACAAAUAAUUCAAAUGCAACAUAACAGGAUUAAAAACCCCAACUGGCAGGAGGCCACCAGUUGGCUAUUUACAAGCGUGGCCGAGGAUUUGAACUCGGAACUACCGAGAAAAAAUCCAGCAAGUGGCCAGAGCGGAACUCGAACCCGGGACCGCCGGAUUGCGAGUCCGACGCGCUAACCACUCGGCCACGCUACCUCCUGUAACAACUCCUUACCACAACUCUUUUCUUUCCCCAUUGUAGAUGAUUACUCUUGGCGGUGAUGCUGAGCUGGAGCUGGUUGACAGUCUUGAUCCUUUCUCUGAAGGAAUUGUUUUCAGGUUAGUAACACAAUACAAGAAAGGAAUUUUAAAAUCACGUAAACGGCAAACGAUAAUUUGUACCACGUGACCCAUUUGCCCUCUAAUAGGCCUUUAAAAAAAAUACUAUAAUAGUUUGUUGUCCCUCCAAAAGUUUACUUAAGUAUUGUUUUCAAGUUCUCUUGGGGCGAUUGUAAGUCCUAAACUAUUGUCAUUUUGUGUUCAUUAUACGGUCGAAACCCCGCUUUACGGACACGCUAAAUAUGGACAGUUUUCUUUGUCAAUGGGGAAAAGCCUUUAAUUUUCUCUUCAACCCGCUUUUUACGGACACAGGUUAAUGCGGACCACAAACACUUAUUUCUUGCCCAAUCAACAGAUUCUCAUAGAACGUUUACUUCUGGUCUUUUACUCGGAUUUUUAAGCAGAAAUCUCGUAAAUUUGCGCAGGAUACCAUCCUGUGCAAGUUAACGAGAUUUCUACGCAAAAACGGAGUAAAACGUCCCCACUAUACUACUCUAAUGGAAACAUUUCAUUGUCAACUGUGUGCUGUAAUAAACCUUGCCUUUUUGACAGCAUGUUGACUUUUCCAGAGUUUUAACGAGCACCUUGAAAUUAAGGACUUCAAGAUCUGAGAACGCUACGGCAGCCGAAACGCUGCUUAAAAGUAAAUUUGUGUUCUUCAGUCUCAGUUGUGAUUAUUCCUACCGUCUGAAAUUGUCAAAUGUAGGAAAACCGUCCGAAGAACCAUAUCCAAGUUAAAGAGAAAUAAAAUUUCGUCGUCGUUAGUUCACAUAUUCCAUAAAACGUAAAAUUAGGUAAUUUCACGUCGUAGUCAAUAACUGAAUCAUGCAAAAACGGCAAAGAAAUGUUUAAAAAAGUGUGGUGCACGUGCAAAGGUGUUGUUUUGCCAACGAAACCUAUUGGUUUUUUGACGUUGCCGUCGCGUCGUCGGAUCUUAGGGUCUGUUUACAUGGAGGUGUGGGACCCUAGGUAGGUGAGGUAACUCGCUUAGGUGGGGUAACCCGCCUGUCCAUAUAAUAUCUCAUGUGGUCACCCCAUCUAUCAUGUAAACGGGAUCAAAUUAAGAGAUUAUAUGGAUAGGCGGGUUACCGAACCUUCCUGGCGUGCCACACCUUCAUGUAAACAGGCCCUUAAAGUCUCUAUAAAGUCAUCGUGAAGACUGAGUGUAUGGUGUAUUCUCUUUGGAUACUUAAUUAACUUCAUUUUAUGAUUGCCACUGUUUCAAUUCUCAGUGUGAGGCCACCAAAGAAGAGCUGGAAAAAUAUUUCAAAUUUAUCAGGUGGAGAGAAGACACUGAGUUCUCUUGCUUUGGUAGGUUUACGAUUUGCUUACAUGGACCCUUUGCACAAAACGGUCGCAUGGUACAAAAACACCUCGCUGGAGAAAAAAAACAACGCUGUGGGAUCUUGAAACGAAUUAGGAUAUUGGCUUUUUUCGAAUGAUGUAUUCUCUUUACUUUUCUGCCUCACUGCUAGACUUUCUAUAAGCCUAAUUUUUUUCCUGGUUGGUUAUGCCAUUUUGAAGGACUUCAUAAUUCACCGGUCGAAAAUUCCGGCGGUGACGUCAGGACAAUUGACCAAUAGGACAGUGAAAGAUAUUUCACGCGGCUCCGGACACAGCAUAUGUCAAUCAUUUUUUUCCCGCGUGAAUUUAUUAUGAUUCAAAUCCAUUCAGGCGAAACAAGUUGACCUCCAGAUUUCGUCGGUCGGUGCGCGACCUCAUGCUUUGAAGCUCGCUUCGAUUACUUCUAAGAACUUGUGAAAGGUCGACUUGUAGCAAGUCUCCCCCACUGGGUCGUUUUCCAUCCAACGAGAUAUUUUUGUUCCAUGAGAGUCCCUAGCAUGGCCGAAUUAGGUGUCCAAUUCUUUGGCUUGGUAGUGUGUUGUUUGCGUGCUUGCCUUUUUAAUGUAACGGCUUUCGAUAUAAUGCACGUUGCACUUGUUGGAAGUUACAUUUUUGUCCGCUUGUUUAGGUAUUUGCUCUUCAUCACUACAAGCCCACACCUUUGUACGUCAUGGAUGAAAUCGAUGCUGCCCUGGACUUCAGAAAUGUGUCAAUUGUGGCCAACUACAUUAAGGUCAGCAACAGUGUUUACUGUUAAUGUACACCCCUGGUACUGAUCAAAUUAAAAUCACACCCAAAACUCUAAAUAUCUUUUUGUAAAUCCUAAGAGUCAAAUAGACUUUCCUGAUGCCGGGUUUUAUGCAAACCUCACUUUGUGGGGCUUAAAUUGGUCGCUCCGUUAGAUCAAGCGGCGCUGUCUUAUUUUUUCGUUUUCUUUCUUUUUUUCCGCCAAUUUUCUUUCUUUUUUCCUCUCCUAAUUCCGUCUAUUUGUUUUGAUGAAGAUGUAUACCGUUUGAUCCGAAAUACUUUUGCUGAAUGUAGACUCAACCGAGAACGUUGUAAACAGAUACGUACUUAUUUGAUUAAGCGCCCAACUUCGAAUUAGCGCCAAACCUGUAGGGUAUAAAAGUUCGCCCAGCCUCGAAUAAACGCCCACCAACACCCACCAACCUCCCCCCCUUAAGAAAAAGCUGAAGUAGACAAGAAGAUUAUUGGUUAUUGUUUCUUUUACUACCCUAUCUGCUCCUCGUCGACUGCCCCAUUCGCAGACGUUAGGCUGUGAGACAUCUACGAGGCAACAUCAGAGAGUUCGGUUAUUGACCUUACUGACGAUGAGAUAUAAAUUGACUAGGUACUUCUAAGAAACUUAGAAGACCGAACGAGUUCUUAGUCUUUUUUAAAUAAACUUUCAAUUAACAGUUAUAAUUCUGCUCCGGCACAUCUUCACGUUUUGUCCUUAUUGCUGUUUUGUUGGAAAAUUUACUUACUUGCUGAAAAUAAUGAAAAUUUAAUAAGCGCCCACUUCCAAGGCCCAAAAAUAUAAGAAACGGCUAGGACACCUAAUCGAAUAAAUACGGUGAAAAAAGGGUGAAAGACGUACUUACCAGCUCUUUCGCUUUUUAUGUUCUCUCUACAGGAAAGGACCAAAAAUGCACAGUUCAUAAUCAUCAGCUUACGGAACAACAUGUUUGAAUUAGCUGACCGACUCAUUGGUAUAUUUAAAACGGAUAAUUGUACAAAGAGUGUGGCAAUCAAUCCACGAGCGAUAGCAUCCACUGCCUGAUAAGCCAGAUCGCGACCAGUUAGUAUCUAGAGGGAUUGUUGUAUUAUAAAUAAAAAUGUAUUUUUACAUCGUUAUUGUGUAAUUCUCUCUAUUGUUGGGAAUNCGGUGAAAAAAGGGUGAAAGACGUACUUACCAGCUCUUUCGCUUUUUAUGUUCUCUCUACAGGAAAGGACCAAAAAUGCACAGUUCAUAAUCAUCAGCUUACGGAACAACAUGUUUGAAUUAGCUGACCGACUCAUUGGUAUAUUUAAAACGGAUAAUUGUACAAAGAGUGUGGCAAUCAAUCCACGAGCGAUAGCAUCCACUGCCUGAUAAGCCAGAUCGCGACCAGUUAGUAUCUAGAGGG